CUGGUCUGAAAUUCCAGACGUUUGCUAAUUUGCGACAGCUGCUGCAAGGUUUGUGGCGUCUGAAAAAGGUCGGGUUACCAAGGGAACUGUGGCGGUCUUUAGCGCGAGCUUGCACGGAGCAGGCGAGUUGGAAAGAUGGGACACAGGUAACACAAUAGGAAGUAUGAGCGACGGGAGUUUUGAGAGAAUGGUGAGACACCCGUGUAGGAUACAUAAUGGAAGGACUGGGGAAGGAAAGGUCAAUAUGCAGCGCUAGGACCCUCUCAUGGCUCGAGCGACCAGAAAAUAUAAAAGUAACCUUAGCCCCCCCGUCCAAAUUUUGGAAACUCGCCGACUGCUUCUCUUCCUCAGAGUCAACUGCCCCUACAAAAGGAAACCAGAAAAAUUACAUGGACAGUCCACCGCCUGUGUUGGAGCUGAAAGAUGUGCCCCCACCUCCGCGGCCCGCUGCCUCCCAGCCUUUCCCACUCGCCCCCCUCCCCAUGCCGCCCCCCUGCCUUCCCUCGCGAGGCCCCCUGCCUCCUCUGCUGCAGCCCGGCAGCCCCAAAGUAAGCUCCUGCUCCUGUCCCCAAUGCAAGGCCAUCCUGCGCCCCCAGACCGGUCUCGACCUCCUGGGGACCCAGGCCCGUGGGUUCAGUGACGUGUGCGGUGGAGGUGUUAGCAUCACUGGUGGUGGUGGUGGUUCUUCUGUAUACCUCUCCAAACCAUUAGGUGCUGCUUCUUCCUGGGCAGUCUCCUCUACCUCCUCUUCCUCCUCCUCUUCCGCCCCUCACCACGUCUCUCUGUUCUCCGGGCCCGCUGGGCAGGUGUUGUCCUCCUCCUCCCUCGCUCCGGUGGCCACCUCCCAGCCCGCGGCCUCCCUCUCCCAGCUGCCCUGCUGCUCCGGGCUCCUGAAGCCCCUCCACGCCCCCACCUGCCCCCAGCUCUCGCAGGCCUACGGCCGGCCCAGGUACGGGCCAUGUCCGUCGGUGGCUGCGGUGGCGACGGCCGUCCCCUCGGCCGGGUACUACCGCUGUGGUGGGGAGCUGGGCUCCGGUGCGGCAGGGAAGCAGCCUCAGCAGCAGAAGCACCCCCUCCAUCUUCAUCACGGUGGCCUCUCCACCUCACCAGCACAUGUCUGCUCGCACCCUUUGCACCACUGUGUCAAUCACACUGUUUCUCUGAAAGGGGCACACUACUGCCAGGAUUGCCUGAGCAAGCCGGCUCCAGGUUUGGCCUCGGAGCCUGAUAAGCUCUGGCCCAACAUCCCCCCGCCGCACGCCCAGUCGGCGCCCAUCCCUAUCCCCAUGUGCAACGGCUGUGGGGUGAGCGGAGCGUCCGUGGACGGCCUGCUGCUGCUGGGCUCGAGCCUGGGCAAGACCAGCCAAAAAUACGGUUCACCAGACAGUGGCUCCCAGGAGAGCCUGCCCCCGGUUGGUGUCUUCUGGGACAUAGAGAACUGCUCGGUGCCCACCGGGCGAUCAGCUGCCAGCGUGGUCCAGCGGCUACGCGCCCGAUUCUUCCCCGGGCACCGCGAAGCCGAGUUCAUCUGCGUGUGCGACAUCAGCAAGGAGAACAAGGACGUCAUCCAGGAGCUAAACAACUGCCAGGUCACUGUUGCCCACAUCAACGCCACAGCCAAGAACGCUGCUGAUGACAAGCUGCGCCAGAGCCUGAGACGCUUCGCCGACACACACACAGCCCCCGCCACUGUGGUGCUAGUGUCCUCCGAUGUGAACUUUGCCAGCGAGUUGAGUGACCUCCGCCAUCGCCAUGGCUUCCAGGUCAUCCUAGUGCACAAGAACCAGGUGUCCGGCGCACUGCUGCAGCACGCUCAUCGCCAUGUGGCCUUCGAGGAGUUCCUGACUGACCUGCCGCCCAGGAUGCCUCUGAAAUCUCAGCCCGGUUUCAACCUUCUGUUUGUGCACAACCUGCCCACCAACCGCGACGGCAAGAGCGUGGCCAACAGGCUGCGGCGCCUGUCGGACAACUGCGGGGGCAAGGUGCUGGGCCUGUCGGGCGGCACGGCCGUCCUGCGCUUCAGCUCUCAGGAGGCGGCCGAGCGCGCCCGCAAGCGCAUGGAGAACGAGGACGUCUACGGCUGCCGUAUUCACGUGUCCUUCUCCCCCGAGGAGGAAGAGGAGGAGGAGGAGGAGGAGGAAGGCCUUGGAAGAGGAGGAGGAGGAGGAAGAGCGGAGGAGGCGGCGGACGGGGACUCUGACCACGGGGUCAGACGUUUCCCGCUGCCCUCCGCCGUCCCCUCGUCCUCCUCCUCCUCCUCGCUGCCGGCCUCGCUCUUCCUCCCGGUGGAGAAGCCGCGCUCCCCGCGCCGGCCCCGCCGUGUCAGCACCAGUGCCAGCGCUGCCGCCGCCUCCUCCCAUGUGCGGCCGUGCCAGCAGGCGGCCGCCAGACACCUCGUGCCCGAGCGGCCGUACAGCCCCAGGAAAGGCGCUCCGCGCGCCGCCAACAGGCCCUCUCAGGAGCUCGGCCCUGCGGAGACCAAGCCCAGGAUGGGCUUCCUGUCCGACAAAAGCCGCGCCUCCUCAGCGUCGCCCCAUACCAAUGGAGAUGCGACCCUUCAGAACCACCAAAGGGCUGGCCCAGCCGGAGACGCCCCCUACCGCGGCAAAAGGAGGGAAAUCUCCGGGCCCCGCAGUGCCACGGACUCCCCCGUGGACCACUUCCAGGUCAGCACGCCCUCGGCCUUCAGCAAGCUCAGCCUGCAGAGGAGCUUCAGCCCCAUGCUGCUCCCCCAGGGCUCCUGGUCGUCACGGAGUGGCUCUCCGUGCCUGUCCAACCGCUCGUCCCCCCUCAGCGCCUCCAGGAGCCCCGGCCCCGACGCCAGCGCCCCCACGGAGCCCUUCUCCGACGGCGCGGACAUCCAGGUGUCCAACCUGGACUACCGCAUGUCCCGCAAGGAGCUGCAGCAGAUCCUGCAGGACACAUUUGCCAAACACGGGAAGGUGAAGGGGGUGGAGCUGAGUCCCCACACAGACUACCAGCUGAAGGCCACCAUACAGAUGCGCUCGCUGCAGCAGGCCAUCGGGGCCAUCGGAGCGCUCCACCGCUACAAGAUCGGCGGGAAGCGCAUCCAGGUGUCUCUACUCACCGGUGCCAACAACAAGUCCCUCGCUGUUUUUAGCUCUGAAAUUGUUAGCAUUCUCCAAGAUGCACCAGCCAGUUGCCUUCCACUCUUCAAAUUCACCGAAAUCUACGAGAAAAAGUUUGGCCAUAAGCUGGUGGUGAGUGAGCUGUACCGUCUGCCGGAGGUGGUGGCGGUGCGGGAGCAGGGCGGCGGGCGGCUGGUGUGUCUGCUCCCCAGCGGCCAAUCCCGCCAGAGCCCACUGGGCUCCUCGCAGUCCCACGGCGGCUCCUCGGCCAGUGGCAGCCCCGUCGUCUUCGAGGAGCUGGAGUACCACGAGCCCGUCUGCAAGCGCCACUACAACCACAGCAACUUCAGUGAGGCGGAUUACGACCCGGAUUCCUAUAAGAUCCCGUUUGUUGUGGUGUCUGUGAAGACACUGGCUGCCCAGGUGCACAGCCUGCUUCAGUCACACGAGGGCACCAUACCACUGCUCAGUUUCCCAGAAUGCUAUGCAGCAGAGUUCAGCCCGCUGACGGUGGCGGAGGAAGGUGAGCUGGAGGACGGAGUUCCACUGGAGCACCUCAUCACCUGCGUUCCCGGGGUCACCGUCGUCACGGCGCAAAACGGGUUCAAGGUCAUCAAGUGGAUCCACAACAAGCCACCCCCACCCAAUGCUGAUCCGUGGGUGCCGCGCUGUAAGAGCCCGGUGGGGAACCCUCAGCUGAUCCAGUUCAGCCGUGAGCUGGUGGACCUGCUGAAGGGCCAGCCCACCUGCCUCAUGCCCCUCAGCCGCUUCAUCCCCGCCUACCACCACCACUUCGCCAAGCAGUGCCGCGUCUCCGACUACGGCUACUCCAAACUGCUGGAGCUGCUGGAGGCUGUGCCGCAUGUGCUGCAGAUUCUGGGCCUGGGUUCGAAGCGCCUGUUGACACUAACCCACCGCUCACAAGUGAAGCGCUUCACUCAGGACCUGCUCAAGCUGCUCAAGUUCCAGGCCAGCAAGCAGGUGGUCAUCCGUGACUUUAUGCAGGCCUACCACUGGUGCUUCUCAAGAGACUGGCGUGUGAUUGACUACGGCAUGUGUGACCUAAUGGACCUCCUCACAGAGAUCCCCGACACUACGAUCACAAUCACGCAGCAGGACGAUGACAUGGUCAUUUCUGUGCCCAAGAGAGAACGUACUGCGGAGGAGCAGGAGCGCACCCGGCAGUUUGCCAAGGAGGUGGUGGACCUGCUGCGCCACCAGCCCCACGGCCGCAUGGCCUUCAGCAAGUUCAUCCCCACCUACCACCACCACUUCGGCCGCCAGUGCAAGCUCACCCACUACGGCUUCACCAAGCUCGUCGAGCUCUUCGAGGCCAUCCCCGACGUGCUGAUGGUGCUGGAGUGUGGUGAGGAGAAGGUGCUGUGCUUGACGGAGGUGGAGCGGGUGAAGGCGCUGGCGGCCCAGCUGGUGAAGCUGCUGCGUGCGCAGAGGGACGGUCGGCUGCCCGUGCAGCAGCUGCUGGCCGAGUACAGCAAGACCUUCGGCUACGGCCUCCGCCUGCAGGACUACGACGCCAACUCGCUGCCCGAGCUGCUCAACAAGCUCUGCCAUGUGGUCAAGGUGAUUGACAGGCGGUGGGCCGGGCCAGAGGGCCGCGAGGUGCAGCUGAUCAACAGGAAGUCCCUGCGGGCACUGACCUCCCAGCUGCUGGCGCUGCUGAUGGGGCUGGCCCCGGGGAAGGGUGAGGGGGCAGAGCCUGCCUGGCCCAGUGUGGAGCAGCUCCAGCAGCGCUACGAGGCCGCCAACGGCGUCCCCCUCAACCCCUGCGAGUACGGCUUCCUGUCCCUCGGCGAGCUGCUCAAGAGCCUGCCCUUCCUGGUGGAGCUGUAUGAGGCGGAGGAGGAGGAGGACGCUGAGGCUGGCCGUGUGGAGCGGGUGAGGCUGACGCGCCUCUACCAGUUUGCGCGCAGCGUGCGCGCGCUCCUGCACACCUACCACUACCACCAGAUCUUCCUGAGCGAGUUCCCCGCCGCCUUCAGCAAGUACACGGGCGUCAGCCUGCAGUGGCGCGCCUACGGCUACUCCACACUGGACGAGCUGCUCGCCGCCAUCCCACAGGUCAUCUGGAUCAAAGGCCACGGGCACAAGAAGAUACUGGUGCUGAAGAAUGAGAUGAAAGCACGGACUAGCUCGGGGGACAGUCCUGGGCCAGAGGGCGACAGACUAAGAGCAGACAGCCAAAGUCCCAGCAGUGCCAAAUCAGGGAACCAGAGCCCAGGUGGCGAUGCGGAGCUGCUGUGUCUGGGCUCCGGGUCCCCGGUGGACCUGCUGUGUGGGCCCGUCCCCUCCUGCCUGCCCUCCCCACAGCUCCAGCCCGACCCCGUGUCCCUCCAACCCGCCGACGACCUCAUCCACUUUGAGGAGAGGGCCCACGCUGAACCAGAGACAGCAGAGCCAGCCAGCUCAGAGGAGCCUCGUCUGUCUUCGGCGUCUGCUCCAGAUGUCUGUGACUGCUCAGCCCAGCCCCUGGACUCUGACAGCCAGGGUGACCGUGCCAACAUGCUGCCCUGUGCUGAUGCCCACGCUGACACUGGCACCACCACCCCCCCUCCGCCAGCGACGUCCACCAUGGCAACAGGGCAGCCCCAGCCACCCAGCCUCGCCGUGCCAACCACGGACAGCCCCAGUAAGCGCACAACCCGCAACAAGGUCAAACUGGCAGCCAACUUCUCCUUCACACCUGUCACAACAGCGUGA